AAGGCCAUCGUGAAGACCUCUGAAGCCCCUUAUUUGAUACAGCAGGUACCCAGCAAUCAUGUCGGCCUCACCAACCACUGCUGCGCCCUCCACCAAGCGCCCCUUGGAGGAGCCGUCUUCUCCAUCUGGACCUGGCGACCAGCCGGACGCCAAGCGCCCGGCGCUGGACAAGAUGGUCAACAACGACGCCGAUCCCGACAUCGUAGAGUCUUCUGAGCAUGCAGGAGCUGUGCAGGAGCCUUUCAAGACGGACGACGUGAAAGACGAGGCCAAGGCCGAGACCAAAGAGGAGGAAACCAAGCACCAGAAUGGAACUAAAGAUCUCGAAGGCGACACCCUCGUCCCAGAUGCCCCGUCGGCCUCCGAGGUUCUCAACACGCAGCCCAUCCAGUCGACCUCCGGCGCCAACGGCCGAGCAAACUCUCAGGGACCAAUGCAUCAGGACGAGUCGGGAUGGCUCCAUCUCCGCGCCAUCAUCUCGAGCGCCGAGGCAGCUACUGUCAUUGGGAAGGGUGGAGAGAACGUCACACUAAUCCGCAAGAUGUCCGGGGCCAAGUGCACCGUCAGCGACUACUCUCGAGGGGCAGUGGAGCGAAUCUUGACCGUGAGCGGCAUGGUGGAUGCGGUUGCAAAGGCAUUCGGCCUGAUCAUUCGUACGUUGAACAACGAAGACCUCGACUCUCCCUCCACUCCUCAAUCCAAGACCUAUCCCCUUCGACUUCUCAUACCCCACAUUCUCAUCGGCUCUAUCAUCGGCAAGGCUGGUGUUCGGAUCCGCGAGAUUCAGGAAGCCUCUGGAGCACGCCUCAACGCCUCUGACUCUUGCCUUCCCCUGUCUAGCGAGCGUUCACUUGUUGUGCUCGGAGUUGCUGACGCUGUUCACAUUGCGACAUACUAUGUUGGAAGCACUCUAGUCGAGCAGCUCACGGAGAGAUUCGGCGGUCCUGCUGCUUCCGCAUAUGCCACUCGAACUGGUGGCCCAGCAGGUGUUGUCCCCGGCGGUAUGCAAGUAGUCCCUUACGUCCCUCAGCCUGCUGGCGGUCAAUGGGGUGGCCCAGACCAGUUCCGCAAGCACAACAACCAGCCACAACGUGCUCCUGCCCAGUAUGGCAUGCCAUAUCUACAUGGUCAGCCUCCUCAGCAAGCGGGUCAGGUUCCCAUGCACUACGGAGCUGGAUCGCCGGCUCGUGCCCAACAGCCUUAUGCUGGCGUCGGUCCACAGCAGCCAACUCAGUAUGGUGGACACGCCGCUCAGCCCGGUGGUCACGCAGGGCCUCCAGCCUCACAAGUUGGUGGCGCUAUGCCCGGACAACCUAUGACCCAGCAGAUCUUCAUUCCCAACGACAUGGUCGGCGCAAUCAUUGGUAAAGGCGGUGCGAAGAUCAACGAGAUCAGAUCGUUGAGCGGCAGUGUUAUCAAGAUCAACGAACCGCAAGAUAACAGCAACGAGAGGCUGGUGACCAUCACCGGCACGCAGGAGUGUAACCAGAUGGCGCUCUAUAUGCUCUAUUCCAGGCUAGAGAGUGAGAAACACAGAAUUUGAGGCAGCGUGUGCUGGCAGCAGGUGAGCCCAGUGGCAGCCGCUGGUAAUUCUCGAUAUGCAGUAGUCCAGCACUUUCUGAUGCUUGCAAAGUCAAGAGUAGUUCGACGGUUGCGAUUCAAAAGCAUGGUUUAGGCGGUCUAAGGUCUCUUAUACUUCGAUGUUGUAUUCUACUUUAUUCCGGAACUGGAAACACCGGUGGGGGCUUUUCAUGAUACAGCGACGGUUUUGGGCAUCUUGAAUUCUCGGGCAUCUCUGAAAUUUCUCUAUCGGAGGCAAGCAAACGGGGUUUUGCAAACCCGGAUUUUCAAGUGCCUCGUAGCAAUUAAUGCGUGGAUUAACCUAUCGAUGCUGUUCAAAGACGUCCAAUGGUUUUUCGUUUCGGGAAUGUGUUUAGCGUACCGCUUUCG